GGGCUUGUGACUAUAACCUAAUUUAUGUUACUAGUUUGCAGUGUAACUUCCUUUGUACUUCAAUAUGCAUAUUUCUUCAUUUAAAAAAAAAACGGCCACUUUGACAUUUAUACCCCAUUGUCUUUUUUUAACUAUUCAGAAGAGCCCGUCCUUGCGCAGUCAAAAAAGUAACUAUGUAACUUUUACUCUGACUACAUUUGAAAUAAGCUACUUUUUACUUUUACUUGAGUACAUUUUGAGGCAGGUAAUUUUACUUGUAAUUGAGUAAAAUUUCAUGAAAGUAAUUAUACUUGUACUUAAGUACAACAUUUUAGUACUCUUUCCACCUCUGGUUGUGACCAGGGACACUUGUACGCUUACAUUAACUGAGCUAAUCUUAACAGAUCUGAUCGGUGUUUUAAUUCUGGCUGACACAUUCCAUUUUCACGGUGUGAAUUGUCCAGAUACGUCCCGUGUCUGAUGCAGGUAUUCCGUCUGACUGGACAGAGUCUGAGUGCGCGCAUAUCGCCACAUCCUUUUCUCGUAGCUAAGCUAUUGACUAAAUCCUAGCUUUUAAAAUACAGAAGGCUGCCACGAUUCCAUGAGCAUAUUCAAAACACCUUUAUCUUCCAGUUCACCACAACGCCACAAGAUUUCUCAAUGAACUAGAUCAGAUAAAAAUUCCAGCUUGACUUUGUAGCGGUGGCAAAUGUGUAUCAUUUAUUUGAUAUUCUGAAUACAUAUACAAUAUUACCUUGCUUGAUCUUUAUUGUAAAUAUCAGAAAAUUAUAGGGCUUAAUCAGAAGAAUCUAAGAUUAUUUGCUUUAUUAAGCAGUUAUACACACUUCGUUUUGAUUCAUGAAAGAGUCAGGUUUGUAAUAAAAAUGAUUUUAUUACAAGAAAAACACGACAAGUGAACUAAGCAUUUACCGUGAAUGGAUGGGUCUAAAGGUGAUGUAGGCUAAUGUGUAAAUGAGGUGUUGGUCAGAACGUCCGAAUCUCAGAGAACGACGUCUCCAGAAGAAAAAGAAUUUGGUUUGCAAUAAACUAUGAGGUUGUAGUUAUCAAAGCACAUUCAGACGCAGUCUCUCUGUGUUCUACUCUCACCCUUUGGAUGACCCUCGUCCGGAUCCGGAGAAGACCCCAGGGCACCAGUAGAUUGACCGUAAGCACCGACUUUCUCCAGUCUCAAGAGAUGUCACCGGGCAUCACAGGAUGGAAUCAGCUUGCGUCUCAGAGAUAACUCGUGACAUCACUUUGAGAUUAAAGGUCAUCUGGGAGGAACCUGCUACUGAACUUUAAUUCUUUAUGGAAUAAAAAUGGCACUUAGGCAGAGACAGAAAGGAAGUGGAUACAUCCCUUUUCCCUCUGAGACUCCUCAUCAGGAUUUGGUUUGAGACAAGUUUGAUUUUAUCUUUGACUAAAUGGGGUUUAAUGAAGUUGGAUUCAAUCCCAUGCAGGAGACUUUUACUCAGAAGAAGUGAUUAAAAACUAAAGCUGAGAAUGGAGCAGGAUUUCACACAGUAGGACCGUCCAGGCUCCCGAUUCUGCAUUCAGAGACUUUAUCCUGCUGUGAAUGAAGUUCCAGCGCUCCUGAAGCUCAAAGGGAACGCUCGCUCCCUUCAGCUUUGGAUUCUUACUGCAAAAUUAUCCCAAACAUGGCUGCUACAGGGAGGAAACACCUCCCAGUGAGAGAUUUCAACCAUUUUAUAACCUGCUACCUGUGCAGAGGCUACCUGAUCAAACCCACCACAGUCACCGAGUGCCUGCACACAUUCUGCAAGAGCUGCAUUGUGCAGCACUUUGAGGAGAGUAAUGACUGUCCUAAAUGUGGCAUCCAGGUUCAUGAGACCAACCCUCUGGAGAUGCUCAGACUGGACAAUACAUUGGAGGAGAUUAUUUUCAAGCUGGUGCCUGGACUCAGAGAAAAAGAGGAGCAGCAGGAGCUGGAGUUCUGGAGAAAGAACCAGCCCAAAGAAUACGGCCAAGAAAGCCUGCGGCAUCAGCGGCUUCCUGACGGAGGUGGUUAUGGGGAUGUUGGUGCUGAGGAUGGAGGCCACAAUUGUGAAGAUAGAGACUACCACAGGAGUGACCCUCAGAUCGCUGUCUGCUUGGACUGCCUCCAGAACACGGGACAGUCUGCAGAUAGCUCUGUAACGGACCUGAUGAAGAGGUUUAUCCGCUGCUCCAGUAGGGUCACCGUGGGAACCAUUAAGAAGUUUCUCAGUCUCAAACUGAAGCUGCCAAGCUCUUAUGAGCUGGACGUUCUCUGUAACGGGGAGAUCAUGGGCAGGGAUCACACGCUGGAGUUCAUCUACAUGACCCGAUGGAGACUCCAUGGAGAGAACACAUAUCCCAUGGUUCUCGAGUAUCGGCCACGCAUCGACUUCGGCUGAGCUACAAAAGAAAGAGCACACACACACACACACACACACACACACACACACACACACACACACACACACACACACACACACACACACACACACACACACACACACACACACACACACACACACACACACAAUCAGAAAGGCCUAAAAUGUGCAGAUAAAGAAAGAUUCAGAUGUAUUUUUGUACAGCCAAUGACGAAGUGCAUUUGUUGUUGCGGUAAGAAGCUUUUCUGCUCUAUAGAAUAAUAAUAAUAGUAAUAAUAUAUGCUGUAAUAUAUGAUAUUUUUAAAUGUCUGUCCCUGUGCCUAAAACCUGUUUGGCUCAGAUGAGCCCUAUCUCCGAUCUGCCUGUUUCGCUAACUGUAGAUUAAAUGUUGAUUUUCUACUUGGA